AUGCAAAUAGAACGGCCAAGAGCUAAAAUCAUGAGCAGCAGGGUGGAUGAGUCGGAGCUAAGGAAGGUCUUCCAGAUGUUCGACAAGAAUGGUGACGGCCAGAUCACCAAGAAGGAGCUAGGUGAGUUGCUCAAGAACCUAGGGAUCUACAUCGCGGACGACGAGAUGGACGCGACCAUGGCCAAGAUUGAUACCAACGGUGAUGGCUGCAUCGAUGUCGAGGAGUUCGGCGUACUAUAUCGCUCCAUCCUCGAUGAAGGCGAUGGGCCUAACGGUGGCAACAUGGGCGACGAGGAGGAGGAGAUGAGGGAGGCGUUCAGUGUCUUCGACCAGAACGGUGACGGCUAUAUCACCAUUGAAGAGCUGCGGUCCGUGCUGGCAAGCCUCGGCCUCAAGCAGGGUCGCACCGUUGAGGAAUGCCGCCAGAUGAUCAACAAGGUCGACGCCAAUGGCGACGGCCGCGUCGACUUCAAGGAGUUCAGCCAGAUGAUGCGCGGUGGCGCGGCCAAUCAUGAGGAUUGACUUUAUUGAAUGGGAAUGGUUCAUUGUGGUACUAUUAGUAGUUGUAGAUAAUUAAUUCACUUUAACAUGCCAACGAUUCAAUGUGGAUUGUAUACAUAUAUAAAUACAAA